AUGGCACCGACAAAGCAGCUUCGCCCACUCCUUGCACCCGUUGGUCACGGGCUUUCUCGCUCCUCUCUCUCCCUGGGCCGGGUUUUCCUUCCCCUGGACAUUGCCACCCCUGUAUCCUUCGCCUUUGUCCUCGCCCUUGGCCCGCCCCUCUUCGACCGGCACUCUCGUCGUACACUCUCGUCCGCACUCCUCGUCCGCACUCCGUCCGCGCGAGCCGUCGCCCGGCCUCGCCCGGGCCUCUACCGGGCCCUCGCCCGGGCCCUCGCCGGGCCUCGCCGGCCUCGCCGGGCUCGCCGCGCCCUCGCCCGCGCCUCCUCCGCGCCUCUGCCCGCGCCUCAGCCCGCGGCCCUGCACCGCCGCCCCUCGCCGCGCCCUCGCCCGGCUCGCCCACGCCUCGCCCUCGCCCUCGCCUCGCCUCGCCUCGCCUCGCCUCGCCCCUCGCCCUCGCCCUCGCCCUCGCCAUCGCCCUCUGCCUCAGCCACUCGCCUCGCCCUCGCUCGCCCUCGCCCUCGCCUCGCCCUCGCCCUCGCCCUCGCCCUCCCUCGCUCGCCCUCGCCUCCGCCCUCGCCCUCGCCCUCGCCCUCGCCCUCAUGCCUUCGCCCGCGCCUUUCGCUCGUGCCUUGCGGUGAGUACUUUUCCUUACCCCUGGCGGCGGCGGCGUUGGUGAGUGACUGCAGCGGCGGCGGCGGGGCGGCGGCUGGCUUUGAGGCGGGCGAAAUGGGGCCCCCGAAGUAUCGGUUGAGGACUUGGAUGGCGAGAGGUGCGGCAGAGGAUAGUUCCUAUCCAGGUCGAGGCCCGUGGGUAAUGCAAUUGGCGUGGCGGCGAGGGUGGUUGGCAGGUCCCUGGGCGGGUCACGGGGUUGGGCGCCGGGGGCGGGGCGGGAGAGGAGCUGAAAGCGCCUCGGUCGCACCUCGAGGAGCGGGCGCUGGAGCGUGGCUGGACCGCCUCACGGGCGCGCUCACCCAGGCGAAGGCUUCAAGUGUAGAGAGGGUGGCACGGAGGAGUGGGAGUGGCUGUGGCAGUGGCAGUGGCAGAUAA